GUUAUUCGGGAGAGCGGUGAAAUCGCGCUUAGCUGGGUAAAGGCACAUGCACAUACACUUGGGAUCACCAAUUCUCCUUCUCAAGAUCCGCUCAAGCAUCCACAUCCCAUUGACAUUCAUUUACAUUUACCAAGUGGCGCAGUUAAGAAGGACGGCCCUUCUGCGGGUGUUGCAUACGUCUGUGCCUUCGUGUCCCUUCUGACUGGAUUGACGGUGUCCAAGUGGAUCGCCAUGACGGGGGAGACGACACUCCGGGGGAGAAUUACUGCUGUUGGAGGAAUUAAGGAGAAGGAAUAUUCCCCAGUGGCCAGAAGCCCAGUUUCCAAGUGGAGAGUAGACUAUAGGUCGAAGUUCAAACUCGUACCACCACAACGCGCGAGAGUUGCCAGGGAUCUACAGCCACUGUGA